AUGACGAUGAUGAUGAUCAAGGUGUUGAUCGCAUUGGAGACAACAUUCACGCUUGAUCAGGCAGCAGAGACUGCCAAAGAUGCUUCCUUUCCAGACACGGGCGAUGCGGAGGAGGCAGAUGACCUUUUUGCUGACUACCACCCUCAAGCAGCCGACAAGGACUUGAGUCAGUCUUUUCCGGAGAUGGAGGAUGGAGACGCCACGGAGACCUUCUUGGAGACUCAGCUCGAGAAGAGUGGAGAGGAGCUAGAUCUGGAGAAGGAGCUGGAGAAGGAAGUGGAUGCAGCAAUGGAGGAAUUGUCGCCUGCCGCUGCAGAGGUGGAUGUGGCGGACAAGGGGGCGACCAAGCCUACGAUGGCUCAGGGAACGGCGACCUUGGAGACUGAGCUCGAGAAGAGUGGCGAGGACCUUGACUUAGAGAAGGAGCUGGAGAAGGUAAUGGAGGCAGCCAUGAGGGGGCCGGACGAGGCUGGCUGCGGACUUGCAGUGUCCACGUUUCAGAUGAUUGUGGCAAGCGAAGCCUUUUUCCGACCUAUGUACUGGUGCCCAUUAGGCUCCAUCGUCCCAGCGGCUGGGUCCGUCUCAGGAGUCGGACUUGGAGAAGGAGCUCGAACGAGUGAUGGAGGAAGAGCUGAAGAUGGAUGA